AUGCAGACCGCGGACAAGGAAGCCCACAUAGGGAAGACGCGGUUUGCCUUCAGCAUUGACAGCAUCUUGAGUGGGACUUUAGAGAGAGGUGAUGAGAGGAAUGUCGCCAUGCUGGACACAAGCCAGCCCCAGGGACCCUCCAAGACCUACCUGGAUCCAGAGCUUGCCACCACUACGACUCCCCUGGAACCCCUCCAGCAUGCCUGCAUGUGCUGCUGCUACUGCUCACGCUGUGGAGAGAUGCUACAGGCUGACUACCUACCUGCCAUCUCAUGUCGGUUUGCGUGGAACAAGCGAGCGCUGACGGACACGUGCCUGGCUGGUGAGGGUCAGAGUAGGGAGAGCUUCAGUCAAAUACAGAAGCGAAUCCGCCGGCAUCGUACGAUAUUCACAGAGGAGCAGCUGGGUGCUCUGGAGGAGCUGUUUCUGCAAAACCAGUACCCAGACAUCCACACACGUGAGCAGCUAGCCGAGAGGACAAACCUACGGGAGGAGCGGGUGGAGGUGUGGUUUAAAAACCGAAGAGCGAAGUGGAGAAGACAAAAGAGACUACCUUUCAGUCUACACGGACAAGACGACUGGAAGAAUGUGCUUCAUGGUGACUGA